UAUCAUGCCAUCAUGUGGCUGACGCGUCUUGACGGUCACGCGGUCCCGUAAGUUUUGUACCACGUGACCGACGCGUCUUGUUCGUCGCGCGCUGUCACCUGUGGAACUCGUUCAAUCAAUUCUCUGUAUUUAUCAUCCAACUUGUUUGCACUCCUUCAUUCACUGUCAACUACUCCUUGAGAAUCAACCAGUGAUAAUUUUACAACGCGACUAACAUGCUUGCCUUGGUCACCACGACAGCCCUCGCGCUGGCUUCUCCUGUCACCCUAAAGAAUCCUCCAUCUUUGCUUCCAAUAAGCCAGCCUCUUCCAUCUCAAUAUUUUGCAUCAGCGUGGUCUCCCGAUAACUCAUCUCUCUAUCUUGCCUCUCCCUUUAACAUCGAUCGCUUCAUAAUCUCGGAAAGCCGAUUAGAUGAGCCAACAUACGUGCAGUCCAAGGAAGAAGGAGAGAUAAAUGCUAUGGCAGUAACUCCGUCAGGAAAUGUAGUAUUGGGCGUCGGGGGGAAGGUGAUCGUGCUGGAAUACGCAACUGGAUCAACAAAAGUGUUCAAAACGUUCGAAUCUCAUGGAACGACGAUUACCGCGCUGGCUGUGUCAAACGACAGUACACUCAUCGCUUCCGCCUCUUCAAAGGGCGUCCAUAUUCACGAUCUACUCGCUCCUACCAAACAUACAUCUCUCCCCCUUCCCACCAGUGCUCCGAGGUCUGUGAGCACCAUGACAUUCCAUCCUCAUGUUCGAACCCGUCUGCUUCUUGGUCUCGGCCGUGAUAUGCUGGUAUAUGACGUGGAAAAUCCUUCUGCGCCUGUGAAACCUAUUACCAUGGGACGGGAUGUAGUGGGCAUCGCGUGCAGCCCGUUUAGCAAGACGCUCGUUGCUGUUGCAAGCACAGAUAGCGUCGGCCUUGUUGAUUUGGAUAAGGAUAAGGGGUUAUUUAAGACAGUCUUGUCAUCGCAGCUCAUUACCUCGAUCGUAUUUUCACCCGAAGGUGCAGCUAUCUACCUCGGUGUGCGGGAUGGACUGAGGAUUCUCAAUCUCAGAGAACUAGACAAGGAGAUGAAGAGAGUUUCUGUGGGCGAGGCUGGACAAGGAGUAGUAUGUCUCGCUGUUCAGAAAAAACUAAAAGCCUCUGCGUCUGCUGUUAAACCAAGUCUUUCCAAUCCACCAGCAAACUCCCCUCCUGCACGUGCUCGUGCCAAAGCAGCCUCAAACGUUCGUUCCCCCCCUCCGACCUGUACUUUCUCGCCAUCGAGGAAUCCUAUAUCACCGCGUAGUGGCAGAGGCACCAACAGUUCUGGUGAGUUACUUUUUAUGCGCAAUAUAUCAACUGGCGUGCUGCGCACCAGGGUGUCUACAUCGCGGGAAAACAUCUUUGAUGAUGCAAGUGGCACCUCAAUGCGAUCGAGUGCACGCGCCGCAGCGUCCCAAAAAUCAGGGGUAUCGGGUAUUCAUGCUCACCCUGGCGAGUCGAUCUCCGCUAGACUGGCCUCAUUGCGCACAGAUAAAUCGCGAGAGACUAGGGUUGCUUCCGGAUCGUCUGCUCGUUCCGAUAUUACACGGACGUCGUCGAACUCAAGUGUUGGCACGAAAACCAAAGGGUCUUCGUUAAAGCGUGCCCCAUCGACAAUAUCGAUCUCUUCAUCGAAGACAAGGGACAGCACUCGCUCAAAGACACCUACCAAUGAAGACCAGGAUGCACGCACAGAUUUAUCGUCUCCGGAUUUGCCAAUAGACCCCGUAACCCCCGUCUCCGACAUGAAGAGACAGACAGCAGGAGUAGCUGUUGAAGCCCAGAAACCAAGGGUAAGAACAAGUGUAGGGAGGACGAGGACAGAGACGGGGAGCACAGGUCUUGGUGUUAUCGGUACCGCAAAGUCCAGGGGAAGCAAGAACAAAGGGAAAGAAAAAGAGGUCGAUAUGGAUGCGGAAGAUGCUGGCAAGUGCGAGGAGCUAGACGCCGUGGAAGAAGACGAAGAAGGGGCGCAAAUAGCCCGUGAGCGCGAGCUCUUGAUGCAAGUUUCCCCUCGCCGCCCCGCGGCACAGACCCAUGUUCCAUCACCACUUCGGCGAACCUCUGGCCCCUUAUCUAUGCAAUCUGGCGCAAGCGGUGCAUACGAGCUCUUCCAGGGGCUCAUUGCGGAUAUGCAAGCCAAGAACCACGCAGACAUGAAAGCGCUGCAUGUUGACAUGCUGCGAAUGGGGCGCGGGCUUCGGCAGGAGAUGGAGGAGUGGGGCGGGGAGGUGAAAAAGUUGAGGGAGGAGAAUGAGAGGUUGCGGGAAGAAAACGAUAGGCUGAGGAGAGGGUACUGAGCAUCCCUCAGGUUAUUUUGGGAGAUGGACCGGUGUAUUGGUUUGUAUGAUUUCGACCCUUUUGCAAUACACUAGUGUAGCCAGUAGAAUGUUGUAUAAUCCUUUCCGGUGCCCCGCUUCUCUCCAAUCGGGUUCUGUACGUCUAGAGGAAUUAGUUAACUGUGUACAGUGCGCCAUGUGA